AUGGCACCAACACCAAGUACAAACACUACUUUGAGGAUACUCCUCGUGACAGACUUACACAUGAAUCUUGACAACAUCAAGAAGCUUGGCAAGGAUAUAAUCAAUGCCAAUGAGAAGUUAGACUAUAUCUUGUGUAGCGGUGACAUAUCCAACUUUGACCCAGAUGAUUAUGGAAUGGAGGGUGAGGCAGAGAAGACUGCUGCAUGCGAAGGAGAGAUGAGUGCCGCCAUCAUUGAGCUCGAUAACAUUCACAAGGAUACCUUUUAUAUCCCAGGCAAUCACGAUUCAAAGACAUCUUUGUUGAACCCAGUUAAUGAACGACCUCAAUUAACUACAUUCUCAACUAAUGUACAUAAGAGAUGUAUUAGAUUAGCGCCUGACUUGGUGUUGAUGGGUCUUGGAGGCAGUCUGCCAGGUUACCGCGAUGGAAAGCAGCAUUGGGUCGGUUACCCCUACCAGACAGACGAGCAACUCAGUGUCGACCUGCACGUCACCUACAAAGAGGCGCAAUCCGGAGCCGAUCCCAUUCUCAAGGACACUGACAGUAUAUUGCUCAUGACCCAUGUUGGUCCACAUUCAUCAAGCACCGCCAUCGACAGAUUGCACACAGACCAAUCACCAAUCAUGUCUGGAAGCAAGGCCAUCGAACAGUUCAUCAUUGAUCAUACAAAGGUGUUCCUGAAUGUACAUGGUCACACUCACUUUGCUCCAGGUAUGACAAACUAUGGCAAGGCUGCAGUGAUCAACGCUGGUCCACUCAAGUUUGAUAGAUACGCACUCAUCACAAUCGAGAAGCAUGUCAAUGCUGGAUGGCGUCUAUUGUCUUCAGAGUUCAAGACACUCUAA